AUGGCCGACAGUUAUAUAGUGGUUAUAUGGAAAUCUAAUGGAAAACCAAGGGGAUUUAGCUGCUAGAUUUUGUACGUUUCUAUUGAAUUUCUAUUAAUUUAAAGGCUACACAAAUGCACAAAAAAAUCCAAGCCGAACAGAAACAAGAAUAUAAAGAUCUUUGGAUUAAAGAUGGUAACCUUCGAAUACAGAGUAGUUUACCACCGGCUGUUAAGGGCCAGAUGCGAUGUUUUCUUGCGGUAACAGUGGAUCAAAUAAUAUGGCAGGUGGACAAUCAUCCAAGAGAUAUUCAAGUAUGUUUACAAUGGUGGGGAGAAACUGGAGAAGGCACCAUGUUUUGGCCUUUCCCUGGAAGAAAAAAGUCAAAUUCGUGCACAUCAGGCAACACAGUCUUGUAUCCAAUUUGCAGUGGGCCAAAGCAGUUUGUUUCUUAUCUUAAAGAUAUGAAUGUCCUUGUGUUGGAUGUUUUACACUCCAAAUCAUUAAAAGCAUUUGGCAGAGCUGAGAUUCAUGAUAUUGUCAAGUUGAAUGGCACUAAACCAAUUGACAAAUGGUAUCCAGUGAGUUCUCGUUCUGUACAACCUGUGGUAUUUGCGAAACUUCAUGUUCUUUUAAAGUUUGAACCUGUUAAUGUGGUCGAUCAAGAUUUAUCCACAAUUGCUCCUGAGAUUGAUCAUGAUUUUAAUCAUUCUGUUGCAAAAGAGAUGAUCAGUGAACAUCGAGACACUGAAGAGAAAUACGAUACAAAUAAAUCUGGUGAUUUAAAAGAAAGCAAAGAUGUAACUAAAGAUGAUGUCAUAGUCUCGUUGAUAAAAAGAGGAAAAACACUCAGAAAUUCCAUUAUGGAAUCAAGAGCGAAUGUUGAGGCCAACGCAGAAACAUCUUGUGUUGUUGAUCAUGAUGAAGAGGAACAUCUGGAGGAAAGGAGUGCUUCUGGUAGUUUGUUCAGAGAGAUCCUUGGAUUAGAAGAAGCAGAAGAUACUGAAUUAAAGACGGAAAUAAGUCUACCUGUUGACCUAGUAGUCGCUGGAUCAAGUGAUGAUGACACUAGAAGUAGUAUAGGAAGUGAAUCUGACGAUCCCAUGCAUGAUGAAACAUUACUUCAAGAUUUGUUUUAUGUGAAUAAGGAUGAUUCGGCUGUUAUUCCAACGUUAAAUGAGCCAGCAACGUUUGAUGAUGUUGAAGACGAUGCAAAGGAAAGAAAUACAAAACAUGUGUUUGAUAAAGAACAAGGUGAAAAAGAUCCACUUAGUGAGAGAAAACCAAUUUUUGAUUUGAAAGCUGCCUCAGUCAGAGAAGAAAAGGAGUCGCUUCCCGAGACGAUUGCUGAUAAUAAUAAUUGGGAUCAUGUUUUUUCGACUGAAAAAAAGCCUCGCUCACCAGAUAACACACAGAACAAGGAUAUUCUUAGCUGCCUUGGUGUUAAUAAAUUAACAGCACUGGGAAGAGUCACUGCAGCGAAAAUACAUAUUAACAAACUAAAUCUCCUGAAUGAAUCAAAUACCAGUGAUAAAAGAACAUAUUUUAUUGAAUACGAGUUUCCUGUUGCUGCUGACCAUGGUCAGGUAGGACAGAAAAAUGACGUUGGUUUGGAAAUCACGAGAAUUGCCACAAACAAAACAACAACACACAGUAUCGUAUUUAACCAUCAUUCCGUCUUUCCUAUCCACUUCAAUUUACCCGUCAUCAGAUUUUGGUGCGAGUGUGAACUAAAAAUAAAUAUAUUUAAAAGAAAAUCAGGUCAAAAAUCUCCUGUCAUAAUUGGACGUGGAAAGAUAGCCCUUCGCAAUGUGUUUGCAUCUGAUCAUCUGCACUAUGAGGGUUUAGUUCAAAUUAAAGUUUACAGUAAACAAGAUGGCCUAUCAAGUCAAUCCUCGCCAACAUCAUCUUCUAAAGAAGGUCCAUUGUUGGGUGAACUGGAGAUUAAAAUCAAUUUGAUGAGCAAUGGCAAAGACCUGGAUUAUUUUUCACCUGCUAAGAAUCACGAAAAUGUGUCAUCUGAAAUCCGAAGCGAUGUUGGUAAUAGAAAAGAACAUUUCUCUUCUGGUGUUAAAGGCACUGAAAGAGUUUCAACAGAACAAAUCCCCCGACAAGCUCACGUCAAUGAGAAAGAAAGAGGCCAGUUAGGAAAGGAAGGUUUUGUCUUCACUCCAGCGUCCUCGUCCAAUAAAACUGCUCAAUACCAUUCUGUUCCAUUGACAACAUUGCUCUGGGUUUCUGAAGGACGAAACAUAUUAAGGGAUGGUCAUGGUGUUGCAGUGUCUGUUCCUGAAACUAUGACACGCAGUAAUUAUUAUCUCAUAUCGCGCAUGUUUUGGACUAGUGAUAUAACGCGAUCAUCCGUCUCUUGGGGACAAAAUCAUCCUAAGUUCAAUUUUCGGCAGAUAUUUCCAGUGUUAUUAACAUCAGCACUUCUCGAUCGAAUGCAUAAUAACUUCCUGACUUUGGAAGUUUGGAGUAAAUCUGGUGGAACACAAGAAGAUGAGCUUGUAGGGAUUGCCAAGAUCCCUUUGCAGCAGCUUUAUCUAUCUUAUAAAGAAAAACAAACCGCGAAAGCUUUACUCAAGUCCAAGUUCCCAGUCGUUGGAGUGGAUUGCUGGUUGAACAUUGGCAAUCCUUUCCAAGGUUCGUCUCAUGGAGAAGUGCAUGUAUUACUCGCUAUGGGAAGCGAAAAUCAGAUAAACAAACUGCUAGACAUUAAGCAAUGCUCUAAUCAACAUGAUUAUUUUAAACCGAAAGACAGAUUAGGAGGUGAUUUUAACAUUUCACCCAAAUAUUCAGGAGAGACUAACGUUGAACACUGGUUCGAAAUUUCGGUGCAAAAUGUGAAGAAACUUUCAGCAUUUGAGACAACGUCGCUUGGUGAAACAGAUUGUUUUGUUCAAUACAAUUUUCCUUAUCAAAAACCUGAUUUUGACGCGGUUACGAGUGCAGGUCUAUGUGAAGACCUUCCUGGCUUACAAAGUCAUCGCACAGCGACGACAGCUUGUGUCCCGAAUACAAACUUUAAUGACGUGGCACGAUAUCGUAUUGUUUUACCUCCAUCACUGCCAGUUCAGCGGUAUUUACUAGCUGCAUAUCAUGGUUCAUGGUCAGGCAGUGGUAUGUCUGCUGUUGUCACCUUUGAAUUAUGGAAAAGAUAUUAUUAUCCUAAUAUUAGAGACCAACUUGUUGCUAAGUCCUCACUUCCAUUGUCCAAGCUGUGCGGUAUGGUCACCAUGCACAAACCAGGUGAAACCAAUACUCAGAGUUUUUCCUUACCUCUUACGACAUUGUCUAAUUCUGCUGAGGACUGGAAGUCUGAACCUGGAGGAGUUCUCGACGUAAUUAUAAAAUAUCGUCAAUCUAAAGUGGCAAAUCCUAACAUACAUCAAUUUAAAGAAAACUCUGCUGGUGCGAAUACGCAAGUUUGCCUGGCGAUUGAAAUCGUUCGGGCUUGCGGACUCAAGUGUGCCUUGACCGAACAGGCAAAGAAGGACUCCAGCUUGACAUACGCCUCAGAGGUCGGUGGCAAUCCUUUUGUAAAAAUCAAACUGCCGUUCAAUAUCAAAAUGAAUGAGCGAACAACAAGAACCAUCGCCAAAACAUUUACGCCAGAAUUUGGAUAUAGAAUGGAAUUUAUUUUACCCCUUGUUCUGAAACACAACCUCGUUGGUCGAGAUAGUCAGGAAUUCUCAGGAACGUUGGCAGAAUGUCUUGAGUUUGGAGAAGCUGUGUUUGAAAUAUGGCAUCAGAGACCGCGAGAGGAUUACGAAAACUGGGGUGAAGAGAUUCCAAUGGGCCAAUCUUUUUCUCGACGUCAACUUCCGCCAACCUCUGAUGUUUUGUUGGGUGUAGUUAAAAUCCCUUUACAACAGCUCUUAUUCAGCCAUACAGGUGUCAGAGGUUGGUUUCCACUUAGUUUAUCCACAAUGGGCUGGUCGAACGAAGAUGAUGCCAGAAACGGUUUGAAUAAAACUGUCGGAGGGCUUGAACUAAUAAUAAACUUUAGUGAAAAUACAACCAGAGAAGAAAUUAUUGAAAGUGGCCGAGCGGUAGGCUGGUGUCCACCACUAUGGUAUGAACUGGAAGAUGGUCAAUGGUUGAAUGAUACAGAUGAUAAUGGUAUUAUGAAUGUUGGUCAAGGACUUGCAUUUCUUGUUAACAUAAAGAAAGUCUGGGUACCAAGAGCAGUGGUUACUGCUGAACAAGCAAGAAAAGGAGUUAAAGGAAUUAAACAGAUUGGAUGUUAUAUUCGAUACAAAUUUUAUGACUCGAAAGCAGUGUUUUCUCCCAUCUGUGGUGUUAAGAAGGUGAAGGAGUCUGAUAGUAUUUUAUGUGAUCUCAAGCAUCGUCAUUCAUACAUAGUCAAGACAACAUCUCCAUUCAUUUGGUAUAUCAGAGAGGAACGCUUGGAAAUUCAAGUUUGGUUAACAACAAGACAACACGAUGAAAAAACGACUUUACCUCAUAAAAGAGAUAAACUUGUUGGCUCAGCUUUUGUUGCAUUAUUUCCUUUAUUGGAUGGAAACAAGAAUUCUUCGCAAAUAAGCGGGUUGUAUCCAUUAUUUCGAAGCAGUGCUAUAGAUCUACGUGGUGCUGGUUUACAUGUCCAGUUAGUACUUCAAAAACCAAUAAACUCUCAACAGACGUUGGGAGGUGAAAUAGAUGAGGAUAUUGCAUCAACAGAGCCUAGUGAAAGUGUACUUCUUGAAAAAGAGAGUUUUACCUUAGUAAGUAGUGAUGAAGCUGAUGAACAGAAAGAAGCUGGAAAACACAUGUGUAUGGGAAAAACAGAAGAAAUUUCCUCAACAGAAGAUGAUAAUAAUGUUAUCACAGCUCAUGUUGUUAUAGAGCGAGCUUUGCAUAUUCCUCUCCUGAGAACAGAUGAAAAUAAAAGUGUUCAACCUAAUGUGUACGUUACCUACCAACCCAGACCUGAGGUCAAAGUGAUAAAAACAAAAACAAUUCGCUUAUCCUCAUCUCCCGUCUGGGAUCAUGAGAAAAUCGUUAAAUUUGAUAAAUCCAAAAUAGGAAAGAAGGUGUUAACUUUCAAAGUUUGGCACAACCAAGGAGACACUGGGCAGUCAACAGCUGAUGAAGAUCUGCUCCUGGGAUUGGCUUCAGUAGAUCUGUCUCCCCUGGCCUCAGGACUUCGACAGGUUAUGGGAUGGUAUAAUAUUGUCGAUUUCAGUGGGCAGUGUCAAGGGCAAGUCAAGGUUGGUGUCGUGCCUUUGUUAUCUGUUUCACCUGAAAGGCUGUUGCUUCGUCCAGUUAAUGCGCAUUUAUCUACUGCGAGUACAAGUGAUGUGUUUGCGAAACGAGCUAAUGGUCUAUCAUCAAGGCAACCCAGUGGAACAACCGCUGAUACUGGAAAUUAUUCAGUCUCCUCGCCGCCUUUAAACGAGGCAGCGGAUAGCACAAAGUCAUUUCUUCUACGACAACUACGGCAAAACUUGAACGACCUCGAAGUGAUUAAAGAUAAACUGAGUCAACGAUUAGUGGCUGAUAAUGGUGCGUUGUCUUCAUGUGUGAAGAAUAAAUCAUCUGGUUCCAUGAAUAACACAGAUAUGGUAGAUAAGUGUGAUGAACUUGUCAAGACUUAUCCAGUAGGCGAUGGUUUGACGCUCUUAACAACUGCGAGUAAUCACGAGAAACCUUUAAUGACACGCGUUUCCGUAGUUCAGGAUCACACCACUAUGAAGCCGUCCCGGCUUUUGGAAGGUGAAGACCAUCAAGUUCCUCCUAUUUAUCAAAUAGAUGCCAGCAGGACUGGUUCGCCUGUGCCUCAAACAAUCAGUCAACGUUGUGACAGUAACAAUGACAGCGAGAACGAUUAUAAAGAGUUUGAUUGCAGCCGUUCCCGAGAUACAAAUGAUUAUUGCGGAAAUAUCAAAGAACUGAACUCCGAAACCAAUUAUUACACUAAUGAUAAAGAUGUUGAAGAAGAAAACAAAGUCGGCCUUAGUUAUCGUGAUAACGAUUAUGAUGAUGGUAUUCAGGGUGAUAAUUAUGAAGAGGAUAUUGAUGAUUGCAAUGACAGUAAUCAUAUCGAUAAUCGUAAACAUGGUGGUGGUGAUGAUGAUAAUGAGGAUGACCAUUACGAUGACCAUGACGAUGAUAUACAUGGUGGUAAUGAUGAUAAUGGCGGAAAUUAUGGUGGUGAUGAUGAUAAUGAUAACGACGGAAAUUAUGUUGGUGAUGAUGAUAAUGAUGAUGAUGGUGGUGGUGACGAUUAUAUUAGUGAGACUGUACCUGAUCCUAAACAAUAUAUAAAUGAUAUAAUUAACGAUCGUAUCAAUGGUUAUGGACAGAAUGAAGAUGCAUCAGCUGUUGUUGACACUGGGCCAACUAAUGUUGUGACUAAACCACCAGAGAAAACCAGCAGAUUUAAUGUUGUGCAAGAGAAUAUUGAGCAGCUUGACAAUAGUAAUAUUGGUGAUUCUGGCGAUGAAUCAUUAGAUAGUUUCUUUGAUUGCAUUCCUUUAAAACAGAAAUUUGAGCCGAGGCAUCCUGUAAAUGCUACCAAUGAGACUUUCGACCUUUCUGUCGAACCAGAGUUUGUUGUGUCUAGAGCAAAUCUUUCAAAAUUGAGAAACGUUCUGAAUGAAAAAACAAAGGAAGAGACACACACGAACAAACUUGAACAGCAGACUAAAAGUAAUCAACAAUUAUUAGGUAGCGAUAAAUUAUCAACUCUGGAAACUAACGAGAAUAAAAAGGACAGCAGACGACCAAGCGAGUUGAUUCUCGACGAAUUUAAAAUUACGGAACAAGACCAAAACCAUGUUGACAGAGAAAGCUUUCAUGAACAGAGUAAACAUGAAACAUCACGAAUGAAUGCAUUAAUUCCAAAUUUCUUCAUGUCAUCGAAAGAUUUGGAACAAUCCAUGCGAUCAUUAAGACUGGCAGCAACCUUCAGUAGGAAAGAACUAAGACACGAUGAAUCAAAUGGUUUCAGAGAACAAAAGCAAGAUACUGAAAAUAGUGAAGAUCAAGAAACAUCCCAGAAAAAAAUCCUCACGAAGUCUUUCAUUAACUGGAAGAAAAUUCAGGAAAUCAGAGAUACGGGCGAAAUACCUCUAUCAUCACUUGAAACCUCUAGGUUAUCCAGAAUAUUUUCUUCGAAUUAUGUCACUAAGAAAUAACUGUAACAUGUACAUAUUUGUAUAGCUUAUUGAAAAAUUACUGUAUAUUUUCAUGAUUCCCUCCCCCCACACUGUUUGUCGUGCGAGAGAUAUUCAUCUUUGCUGUAACCUCUCCCCAUGUAAAUAUAAUAAACGCCAGUGAAAUGAAAAUAAAUAGGC